GAUGAUGCCAAUGACAUGCCACAGUUUUGAGUUUGGCAGAACUAGGCUGGACUUGGUUGCACGUGUGUGUUCUUCCGAUGCUUCAUUCGACCGGUUUUCCACAAAUUAUCAUGCAAAAGGCUUCUCCAACACCUUUAAUGGAGGCUAUAGGCCCCGGAAAUUGUUCUGUGGACCGCAUGAAAUUCCUUGGCGCCGCGUUUUUUCAGAGAAGACUCGAAAAAAUCUGCUAAAUGGUGCAUUCUUUCAUGAGCUUAGCAUGAAUUAA